UUUACAGUUCAGCUUUAUGGGUCCCAAGCUCUAUGUGAACACAAUUCCGGUAGAUGUGGGUAAGAGGCCGGUUACUGGACUUCGACUUUACUUGGAGGGAAAAAGAAGCAACUGCUUUGCUAUCCAUUUGCAGCACCUUUCCUCUCUACCUAAAAGCUUCCAACUUCAGGAUGAACUAAAUGGAAACUCCCGUAACUCUUAUGACCGCAGGUACUAUGAAAACGUCCAUUGGAAGAGCUUUUCUCAUGUAUGCACUGCCCCUGUCGAAUCAGAUGAGGAUCUGUCCAUUGUUACUGGGGCCCAAUUUGAAGUCAGGGAGUCUGGUCUGAGAAAAGUUCUCUUCUUAGGCCUUCAAUUCUCCAAAGUUACUGGUGCCAUAGCAGUGAAGAGACCUGAAUGGGAUGGUUCUCCCGUCGUGACCCAAAAAUCUGGACUUAUCUCCACCUUGAUCAGCUCACAUCUUUCAACGAGCCAGAAACCCGCGCCACAGCCAGCUGAUGUGAACAUCAAUUCUGCUGUAUACCCGGGCGGCCCACCGGUGCCAGCACAGACGCCUAAACUUCUUAGGUUUAUUGAUACGACAGAGAUGACAAGGGGACCACAGGACCCACCCGGGUAUUGGGUCGUUUCUGGGGCAAGACUGAAUGUUGAUAGGGGGAAGAUAUCACUGCGUGUCAAGUACUCACUCUUAACUAUGGUUUUACCUGAUGAAGAGGUGCCAUUGCAGUCCUAGAAAGCUAUCGGUCAGUAUAAAUUGAAGGAAGGAUGAUAAAUACUACUACAAAGAGAAAACGGGUUGGUGGUAAUUGUUUCUGAUGUGAAAAGAAGCAAAUUUGUCCUUUUACAACUUGUGGAGGAGUUUAUCAAGAUAUAUGUAAGACGAGAAUUCGUGGGGAUUUGUGGAGGUCAUUGUUAAUUAAAUUUGUCCUCUGAAUGCUUUAUUUGUUUGUACAUUUUCAUGCUGUUGCAGAUGUUGUGGUUACUUGUAAUUUGGUUUUUGUCAUGGAUGUGGUCAUUUGGAUCUAAGGAAUUCUUUCACUCUGCAAAUUAAAGAUUCAGU